AUGUCACCAAACACUCUGGUCGAUGCUACGCUAGGAUAUACAACAGUACUAGGGAGCUGUGCUUUCCUUUCCCUCUCCUUCCCUUCCCACCUCAGGUCAUGGUCAGGACUCAAGGCAAGGGGUGUCAACCUUCGUAUGCCGAAUGAACGAAGCCCUGGAAGAAGUCGAACCGGGCCUGAGGAGGAGGCCGACGACGACAAGCAAGUCGACGCGGGAGGAGCCGGGAUCAGCGGACGGUUUGACAAGACAUGA